GGCCACUCAUGGCAGGCUCCGAUUCAAUCAGAUGCGCCGGACUGCGAAAUACAUGCAAUACACGACAUAGACAGUGAACGAUAUCUCAGAAAACAAGAAAAAUAAAAGAUGGAUUUCACACUCGCACUCACGCACUUUUGCGAAGCCCAUGGCCCGAAGUCAGUCCUGUGUACUCAGGUACUCCCAAUCGAAUGCGCCCAAUGUCUCCCUUCCUCGCCAUCCUUGAGAGCUUGCUCCUCCUCCCAGUCUUUCGCAACUCAGGUCAACGAGUCAUCACCUGAAACCAAUCACAAUUCACAUACACCUCCUUUACUACGCAAGACAGUCACCAAUCUCACCCUGCCGACUGACUUCUCCGGUGCCUCUACCACUGUCGAUUCAGAAACGGAACCAGACAGUCCCACUAUUGAGAAACAUCCUUUAUACAAGGCAAUAGAUCAGAAGCGGGAGAUUGGCCAGCAAUGGCGUUACGGCAGAGCCCAAGGUGACAACACCUGUGCCAGUUGUAGCUUCAGCGUGCCGAAGCGUGUAGCUGAGAAACUACCGGCUGGUGCUCCUGGCAGCAAGAAACCGGAUGGGCAAAACAACACAAGAGCGCCCGUCUUGCGUUCACGAGAAUUCGUCUGUCUUCGAGAGGGGAGAGCAAGUACGGAUGAACAUGAGUCGAAGCCUUCAUCCUACGGUGCUUCCUUUGCUUCAUCACAGUCUCAAGCUUAUUCCGCCCCUCGGUCUUUUGCGCACUCCUCCGACGGCUGCCACGAUCACAAUGUAACAUACCUCACCACAAAGUCUCCCGACAAUCCUGAAAGUUAUGCUCACCUCCGAGCAUCGGUUAUCCGGACGCUAUCGUGCGAACUUUUACCACGGGGCAUGUCGGAUGGCCCUUUUUGCUUCGGGGACUCGGACGCAGGCUACACAAUAGCCUAUGUGUUCAGACUGACAGAUCCCAAAGCCAGGGGUCGACGGCGUGCCUAUGCUUUUGUUGCCUUGGCAGGCAAUGAUGCAAGUCGGGCGUUUCAAGCGUUGCCAAUGCUCUGGGAGGCAUUUGCGAGCAUGGCGAAAGGCAUCGAAGCUGCAGCACAACGCCACCAGGACGAAGAGAGGCGCAAACAAGACGAGGAAGCGGACGCCAAGGACUCUUCCACAACUUCAAGGAAUUACACUCCUGUUUCAUCCUUCUUGACGGCGCGUGCGAACGAUCCCGAUGGCCAUCCUCGACGCGUAGGCCAAGCGACGCCGCGUAGCCUGGAAGAAAUUGUGGGUGACGAAAAUAUAUUCGUCUACCUGCAUCAGUAUUUCGUUGCUAUUCUACGUUGUCUUGGAGAGCAAUUCGGAGGGCAGCCCUUGGUAGAGGAUGCCUCCUCGUAUCAGUCGAUUGAUGAGCAAUCGUCCCACUUUCGAAAGGCGUCCCAAUCAAGAGGACGUCAAUCACUCCAAGUCGAUAACAUGGAGAGACUUCGCGAUGUAGAUGCGACGCCAAAACCCGAACCUGAGCCCCCUACAACAAGUCAAGAUCGGGUUCGGCAUCUAACGACAUCGACACCGCCAAAUGCGUCCGGGGAAUCAGACGACCUGGAUGUUGCAAAGACCCGAGCGAACAAGGCGUUCAAAUUGAACCCUCAAUGUGCACCCUUACCGGUUAGCGAGACGGCACAGCGUCAAGUGGUUGUCUGAUCUGGGGAUGAAUACAAUUCACCUAUAUGGCUUCAACAGAAGCCACAGGAACUAAUGACGAUAACGGCCUUACAGUACUGCAAACACGGAGCUGAUUUAUUAUAGCAGGCGGCAUUUUGCUUUCAUGAUACCACUAUACAUCGAGUCGA